UUCGUUCCAAUCCCAGUUUCUCACAUCUCAAUUUAUAUAUAUAUUUUCUCAGAGACCAGCACGCUUGCUUCAAUCAAAAGUAAUUUCACUUUCUCUCAGGCUAAUAAGUGAAAGCAAACAUGGAAGAAGAGACCCAAGUCAUUUCAGAAGUUUCAGUGAAACAGGUUGUGGAGACUGAUAGCAAUGCCGGUGACAUUAAGGAAAAGGAUAUUGACUUCUCUCAAGUAACGAAAGAAGUAAAGAAAGAAGAGGAAGAGAAUGCCUUAGAUGGAGAAUUCAUAAAGGUUGAGAAGGAAGCAAUAGAUGCAAAAGAUGGUUCGCAUGCAGCUGAGACAGCAACCGCAGAUGAUGAGCAGCCCUCUGCCAAUGAAAGGAGCUCAAAUAAUUCAAGCAGAGAAUUACUAGAAGCACAUGAGAAGAUACAUGAACUUGAGGUUGAACUACAAAGACUAGCAGAAUCUGCGAAGACCUCUGAACAUGAAAAUGCUCAGUUGAAGGGUGAGAUUGCAGCAACGAAGGAAAAUUUGGAGGAAAGUGAGAAAAAAUAUGAGAUGCUUGAAUUGAGUGACAAGAAACUGAAAGAACAGAUUAUUGAAGCUGAGGAGAAAUAUAAUGUACAGCUCAGAACUCUGGAAGAGGCAUUGCAAACUCAAGAGUUGAAGCAGAAAGAUCUUAUUCAAGUCAAGGAGGCAUUUGAUAAUUUGAGCCUUGAGCUUGAAAGCUCCAAAAAGAGGAUGCAGGAACUGCAACUUGAAGUGCAACUUUCUGGGGAUGAAGCACGGAAAUUUGAGGAGCUGCAUAAGCAAAGUGGUUCUUAUGCUGAAUCUGAGGCAAAGAGGGCUAUAGACUUUGAAAAACUUCUUGAAGAAGCCAAAGCGAGUGCAAGACAAAUGGAAGAUCAAAUGACUUCGCUGCAGGAAGAAUUGAAGGGGCUGUACGAUAAAACUGCAGAAAAUCAGAAGGUUGAAGAAGCACUGAAAACUACUGCAGCGGAACUUUCUUCCGUACAAGAGGAGCUGACACUCUCAAAAUCCCAGCUAUUGGACUUGGAGCAGAGCCUUUCUUCAAAGGAAUCCCUUAUAGAUGAGCUGACCCAGGAAUUGAACCUUAAAAAGACUUCAGAAGCUCAGUUGAGGGAAGAUUCAUCAACACUUCAAAAUCUGCUUGUCUCUACUAAAGAAGAAUUGCAAGAAAAGAUUUCUGAGCUGGAAAACACAAAAGCAAAGCUGCAGGAGGAAGAGAAUUCAAGGGAAUCAGUUGAAGCUGCACUCAAGGUCAAGGAAGAAAAGGCGGUGGCUGUACAAGAAGAGGUGGCUAAACUAAAUAUUGAAAAAGAUGGUCUUGAAGCAACUGUGGCAGAUUUAACGAGUAAUGUGAAGCAGUUUAAAGAUUUGUGCACUGAGCUGGAGGAAAAACUAAUGGUUUCAGAGCAGAAUUUUGGUAGGGUAGAUUCUCUUUUGUCUCAGACGCUCUCAAAUAAUGCAGAGCUUGAGCAGAAGCUGAAGUCUCUGGAAGAACUGCAUAGGGAGUCUGAAACUACCGCAGCAACUGCUAGUCAAAAGAAUGUUGAGCUUGCGGAAUUUAUUCAGGCAUCAAAUUCAGCUGCAGAAGAGGCAAAAUCACAACUGAGGGAGAUGGAAGCACGCUUCAUAGCUGCAGAGCAGAAGAAUUUGGAGCUUGAGCAAAAAAUAAAUCAAGUACAACUGGAAACCAGUUGUGCUGAGAAAGAAGUGGCAGAAUUUUUGGAGAAAAUAUCUCAGCUUAGUGCUAAGUUGACAGAGGCUGAGCAAGAAAAGAAUCUCCUUAGUUCCCAACUGCAGGACUACUUGGAAAAAGUAAGUCAAUUGGAAUCUGACUUAAAUCAAUCAUCUUUCCGGAGUUCACAGCUUGAGGAGGAGCUGAAGAUUGCCAAGGACAAAUGUACUGAGCAUGAGGAUCGAGUAAGUAUGAAUCAUCAACGUAGUCGAGAACUAGAAGAUUUAUAUCAGACAUCCCAUUCCAAAUUUGAGGAUGCUAACAAAAAGGCAAACGAGUUGGAGUUAUUACUUGAAGCAGAGAAAUACAGAAUUCAAGAACUUGAACAACAGAUGAGCACACUGGAGCAAAAAUGUAGCAACUCAGAGGCAGAUGCAAAGAACCACCUCGACAAUGUUUCCAAUUUAACAACCGAACUUGAGGCGUUUCAAGCACGAGCUUCAAGUCUUGAGUUAGCUGUGCAGACAGCUAGUGAAAAGGAAAGGCAGUUGGAAGAAUCUUUGGCUGCAGUGACAGAUGAGAAGACAAGGUUAGAAAAUGUGUCAAAUGGUUUGAACGAGAAGCUUGCUGAAGCAGAAAACUUACUAGAAAUUGUGAGGAAUGAAUUAAAUCUCACACAAGAUAAGUUGCGAAGCACUGAAAAUGACCUCAAGGUAGCUGAAUCAAGAGAAAGUGAGAUAAUGGAGAGACUUAGAGUCUCUGAAGAAGACCUUGAGGUAAAAAGCAGAGAUAUAGAGAAGGUUGCUGUAAGAAACUCGGAACUUGAACUGUUACAUGAAUCUAUCGCCAGAGAUUCAGAAACUAGGCUCCAAGAAGCUACAGCAAAAUUUAGCAGCAAGGAUUUCGAGGUUCAAUCCCUACUUGAGAAAAUUAAGAUUUUGGAGGAUCAAGCGGUUGAAGCUGCUGAAAAAUCAGCCUCUUUGCAGGAUGAAUUGGAACGUGGUUUGAAUAAACUAGCUUCUUUUGAAAGCGAAAAUGAAGAUCUGAGGAGACAAAUUAUACAUAUCGACGAUAAGUGUUCUCAGGCCAUUUCAGAGAAUGAAUUAUUGGUUGGAACAAAUGUUCAGUUAAAGAGCAGGCUUGAUGAACUUCAGGAGCUAUUAAACUCAGCUGUAUUGGAAAAGGAAGCCACUGCUCAAGAGCUGCUUUCUCAUAAGAAAACUCUAGCAGAAUUGAAUGAUUCACAGGCAAAAUUCUCUGAACUUCAAAGUGUACAUGAAUCUCGCAUCUUAGAAGUACAGUCACAGUUACAAGAAGCUAUGCUGAGGCAUACCGAGAAAGAAUCUGAAGCCAGUGACUUGGAUCAGAAGUUACAUACACUAGAAGACCAAAUUAAUUUUUACAAAGAACAAGCACGGGAAGCUGUUGCAACAUCUGAAACGCAUAAAAUGGAGCUGGAUGAGAGUCUCCAAAAAUUAAAGCAUUUUGAAACUGUUGUUGAGGAACUGCAAAACAAGUCACUCCAUUAUGAGAAAGACGGUUCACGACUGACAGAGGAAAAUUCAAAGCUUAAUCAGGAAAUAGCUGUUUAUGAAUCCAAAUUAAAUGAUUUACAGUCUAAGCUCUCUGAAUCAUUAGCUGAAAAGGAUGGAACAUUUCAAGAUCUUCUCACUGCAAAGAAGGCCAUUGAAGAUUUAACAGGAAAGCAUACUUCUGAAUUGCAGGCACUGCAGUCCCAGGUGUCUUCAGUGACUGAGGAGAAUAGCCUACUCAAUGAGACAAAUCAAAAUUUAAAGAAGGAACUACAGUCUCAGAUAGUGGAGCUUGAAGAGAAGUUGAAAGAACAAAAGGAGAAAGAAGAUGCAUUGAGAUCCCAGGUUGAAAAUCUCAUGACUGAGGCUGCUGAGAAACCUGUGUUGCAAAAUCGUCUGAAGGAAAUUGAAGGGCAAUUAGUAAAAGCUGAAUCUUUCCUGAAAGAAGAGAAAGAAUCUGGGUCUCAGAAAGAGCUGGAACGUGAAGCAGCCAUGAAAACUGCUCAUGAACAACUUGAAGCAAAGGCCAAGGAAAUUUCUCUUCUACAGAAGCAAAAGGAAGAGCUGGAGCAGAAAUUGCAGCAGGCUGGAAGUAAAUUCUCUGACAAGAGCGCCGAAGGUGGUUCAGAAGUCAAAUCCAGGGAUAUUGGAUCAAGCAUCUCCACUCCAUCUAAAAGAAAGAGCAAGAAAAAGUCAGAUGCAGCAUCUUCUCAAACUCCCUCUUCAACAGAGACUCAUGUGUCAACUAGCCAGGCUUCGCCUGCAACGAUGAACAUCCAGCUUAUCUUGGGAAUAGCUCUUGUAUCAGUGAUUCUGGGCAUAAUUCUUGGGAAACGUUACUAGUUUUCAGCAGUAGUAUGCAUUUUGGUUUUUUCAGGUGAAAGUGCUUCUUAAUUUUUAACUUAUUUGCUCUUUCUUUCAGCAUAAAUUUAUCUUGUACAAGAUUGAAAGCUCUGUUUGCAUGCUUUUGAUCUCCAGUCUUGAGAGUGGUCAGGGAACUAGUUUUCAUUCAUAUCCCUUGCCUGUGUGUAAAGAAAAGGAAAAUGGGUUUGAUUCAUGUUUAUUCAAAGGUUGUACUUAGUUUGUCAAUUUGAAUGCAUGCUUUUCUAUCAAUCAAUUGAAUUUUUCUGA